AAAACCCUGCGCAGGAAGCAUGCGUCAUCACCUCUCUUUAGUGCAAAAUCACUCGUGAGCAGGUAGGAGGAAAACGCGCUGGAGCAGCGGGUCUGCGCGUUCAAGUUUGUUGUAACUUCUGAAGCGCGCUCGCCUGGAGAAAUAUUAUCUGAAGUUUUGAGUUUUCACUGGCGUGGCUCUGUGACUGAGCUGCAUUUAGCCAAGUGCUUGACAUCCGAGCUGACCGCCGGAGCAGACUGCGCUCUUACCUUCGGAAUCGGUUUCUCAGCCAAGCGCGCAGCGAUGACCCUGUCAGGAAGCGGCAGCGCCAGCGACAUGUCCGGUCAGACGGUGCUCACUGCAGAGGACGUGGACAUCGAUGUGGUCGGUGAAGGCGACGAGGGACUGGAGCGGGACAGUGAGUGUGGAAGCCCAGGCAUGCUGCCCGAGCAUGUCGAUGAUGGAGACGAUUUGGAGGUGCAUGAGCGCAAUCCGGGCAGCCCGUGUGAGAGUGGCGGCGAGAGCGAGCACAGAACAGGGGAGGAGGGCCAGGAGUGUGGCACUGCCGCGACGCCCAACAAGCCCAAGAGCAGCCUGGUGAAACCGCCGUAUUCCUACAUCGCUCUUAUCACCAUGGCCAUCCUGCAGAGCCCACAGAAGAAGCUCACGCUUAGCGGCAUCUGCGAGUUUAUCAGCAACCGCUUCCCGUACUACAGGGAGAAGUUCCCUGCGUGGCAGAACUCCAUCCGCCACAACCUGUCGCUCAACGAUUGCUUCGUAAAGAUCCCGCGCGAGCCGGGCAACCCGGGCAAGGGCAAUUACUGGACUUUGGACCCUCAGUCAGAAGACAUGUUUGACAACGGUAGCUUCUUGCGGAGAAGAAAGCGAUUCAAGAGACAGCCGGACAUUCUCCGGGAUCAGACCGCGCUCGUCAUGCAGAGUUUUGGUGCCUACGGCCUCGGGGGUCCUUACGGGCGACACUACGGCCUCCACCCGGCCGCCGCAUACUCUCACCCAGCCGCGCUACAGUACUCGUACAUCCCUCCCGUGGGUCAUGUGCUGCCCCCAGCCGUCCCGCUUCUGCCGUCGGCCGAGGUGAAUCGAAAGGCGUUCACUUCGCAGCUCAGCCCAAGCCUCCAGUUGCAGCUCAACGGCCUUAGCGCCGCCGCCGCUGCCGCUGCCAGCACAGCGUCCAUGAUCAAGUCGGAGCCCUCAAGUCGGCCCUCGUUCAGCAUAGAGAACAUCAUCGGCGUGUCCAGUAGCAGCGGCACCGGAAGCGCACAGACUUUGUUGCGGCCGCCAGUCACGGUGCAGUCGGCGCUGCUGAGCGCGCACUCUCUCUCAUCGUUAACACGGAGCUCAGCCAUCCUCAGCGUGCCACCGACAAACCUCAUCUCGGGACAGUUCUUACCGGCCGCGUCCACGGCAGCGGUAUCCAAAUGGCCUUCUCAGUGAUGAACUUAUUUUCUAAUAUUUAAGGGAAGAGAUGGGAGAGACUGUACAGCACGAACUAGGCAGCACUGGACGAUUCGUCCACCUCAAUGUAGCCAUGUAAAGAAAAAAUAAUAAUAAAAAGAAAAUAUACAAAAACGGAGGAAUGCUUUCAGCACAGGUAAUAUUUGUAAAUAUUUGUAUGAAGAAACGAACUUGUUCAACUUUCAAAGAUUUCUUUCCUUCAUUUGCCGUUCGAAAUUUGACAUUUUGUAGUGUAUUUUGUUGAAAGUGUUUCAUUUUAAUUUCUAUCUUAAACGUGUUUUUUCUCAUUUGGAAUCACAAGAAACGUGAUUCAUCUAUUAGGGUACUUCAUGUUGAUUUCUGAAUUAUUUUUAUUAUAAAAACAAAAUGUUCUUGUUCGAAAGCUGGACAAGUAGUCUGUUUAUACAAAAAUUAAAUAUAUGUAUUCUAUGUAGCUAUAUUGUGUUGUAAAUUGGAUACAUUUGUUAAUAAAUAUACAAAUAAAACAUC